CGCGCCCUCUCUCGCUCUCGCACUCAAGUGGCAGCAGGCGGCGACUGCCCGUCUGGGCACGGUCAUUGUGACGCGCGCUUCAGACCCUCACGUCCGUUCGAACCCUGCGACAAUCGCGCUUGUUGCCACUGGGAGCGCGUGGCUGGAAUCCUGUGACAGUCGCGCACCCCUUGACAGGACAACCCCUGGAGCACCUGAGCCAGAGCGGAGCAAACCUGCGAGCUCUGGUUGUAGGGAGCGGGUGGGAUUUGUCAGUGUUUACCUUCUGGAAUGAGGUGAAGUAGCGCCGGCUGCUGAAGAACUGUCACGGGAGGAAGCGACUGAGAUUCUUGCUGAAUGUUUGAAGAGUCAAGGAUCAAGAAUGGUAGAUACACAAUUGCCUUUAUGGCCCAUCAAUUUUGCCAUGGGUACAAUGGAACUGUCGGAACUCGCCAACCACUCUCAUUCCUUCGAUGUAAAGCCAUUUGCUACAGUAGACUUUUCCACUGUUUCUACAGUUAAUUAUGAGGAUCAUGCUUCAACCUUUUACAGAAUUGAUGAGAAUUCUUCAGACUACAAAUAUGAUGAAAGAUUUCUAGACUAUCAAAGUACUAUUAAAAUUGAACCUUCUUCCUUAAAUGAAAAAUCAGGAAAAGAACUUUCAUUUUCAAAGUUACAAGAAGAUUCAUCAAAUUCAGCCCUGUCUAUUGAAUGUAGAGUAUGUGGAGACAAGGCCUCAGGUUUCCAUUAUGGGGUCCAUGCAUGUGAAGGAUGUAAGGGCUUUUUCCGGAGAACAAUCAGGUUGAAGUUGAUGUAUGACAAGUGUGACCUAAACUGUAGGAUUCAGAAAAAGAACAGGAAUAAAUGUCAGUACUGCAGAUUUCAGAAAUGUCUCGCAGUCGGCAUGUCGCAUAACGCAAUUAGAUUUGGCAGAAUGCCACAAGCUGAAAAGGAGAAACUCCUAGCUGAAAUCUCCAGCGAUGCAGACCAUCUGAACCCCGAGUCUGCUGAUCUCCGUGCUCUUGCCAAACACAUGUUUGAGUCAUACAAUAAGUCUUUUCCUAUCACAAAAGCUAAAUCGCGAGCGAUCAUGGCAGGAAAAACAGGAGACAUAUCGCCAUUUGUUAUUUAUGACAUGAAUUCCUUAAAGGCAGGAGAGGAGCGCAUCAAAUUCAAACAAACACCACUGCAAGAACAGAACACAGAGGUAGAAAUACGAAUUUUUCAACGUUGUCAAUUCCGUUCAGUGGAGGCUGUGAGGGAAAUCACCGAAUUUGCAAAAUCUAUCCCAGGAUUCAUAAAUCUUGACCUAAAUGACCAAGUGACUCUUCUUAAAUAUGGUGUCCACGAGGUCAUAUUCUGUAUGUUGGCUUCCCUGAUGAAUAAAGAUGGACUUCUGAUUGCUGCUGGCCAGGGUUUCAUGACUCGUGAGUUUUUAAAGAGUCUGAGGAAACCUUUUUGUGACAUCAUGGAGCCCAAAUUUGAAUUUGCCAUGAAGUUCAAUGGUUUGGGGCUGAACGACUGUGAUAUCGCAAUAUUUAUUGCUGUUGUCAUACUCAGUGGAGAUCGUCCUGGAUUGCUAAAUGUUAAACCAAUUGAAGAUCUGCAAGACAGCAUCCUACAAGCACUUGCCCUUCAACUUAAGAUAAACCAUCCAGAUACACCACAAUUAUUUGCAAAACUACUUCAAAAAAUGACAGACCUAAGACAGAUUGUCACUGAGCAUGUGCAGCUUCUGCACACUAUCCGGAAAACAGAGGCAGAAAUGAAUCUUCAUCCACUCCUGCAAGAAAUAUACAAGGACUUGUAUUAGAAAACCUUUCCUUGAACCACAGACAAAGCAAUGUCCCUUUUUCAAAUUCCACUGUUUUAUUGUCCACUGUAAGAACAGAAACAACUUAUGAAUGGUGGCUUCAUUCAGCACCCAAGUAAUAGUUUCUGGAAUUGCACCCAACUCCAUUGUACAAAAAAAAACACAGGCAGGAAUGUAGAACAUUUUCUGUAGCGUUAAUUAUGUCUUUUGGUGAUGUUACUCAAUAAUGCAAAUAAUUGCUUGAGUGCCUGGAAAAAUGUUUGGUCUGUGAAAGGUUUUGAGAAUUUGACGAUCAAACAGUCAGGAAUAUAGAUUAAAAGUUUAGAGUGUUCACAGUUUAACUUGCCAUUUUUCCGACCAACUUAACUUUGUAUUCCUUCAAGAUCACACUCACUGACACUGUUUAGAUUAGUGUUAGCAGCAACUAUGCAAGCUGUUCAAUUGACAAAUUUGUUUCUUUUAAAUUUCUGCCUGUCUUUUUAAGAAAAUUAUCUAGGCCUAUUAUUACAUUGCACAUGUAAACAUUUGGCAUAAUACAUAAAAUUAAAAUUCACUGAAGUUGCUCAUUUCUAUUAUAUUAACCUACUUAGUUCCAGAUUUCAUUUUUAUCAUUCAGUACUUAUGCAUAAUUGAGCAUAUAUUUGAAUGUUGUGUUGAAAGCUCUUCCUGUAAUUUCGCAAUUGGAUAGAAGUAUUAUCCAUAUGAGAGAGGAGUAUUCUAAAUGAACACACAAUUAAGUUCUUUUCAUUGUUUUAAAUGCAAAAAGUUCUUAUUGAACAAUGUGAAAAUUAAUAGUGCUUACUGUUAUGUAAUCUACAAACAGCAAAAAAUUGUUACACUGGAUUAGAAAUGGGAUUAGAAAGGGCACCUGGGUGUCCUCAGGCUGGCAUGGACAAGAUGGGCCGAAUGGUCUCCUUCUGUGCUGUAACUUUUCUAUGGUUCUAUGGAUUCUUUAUGAAGCCAACAGAAAAAUGCAAAAUCUGUUUAUUUACAAAAUAUUGAGCACAAACUGAAUCAGAACCCCAUAGAAUUCUAAAAGGAUACAUUAAAUUCAUUAAAAGUGCAAUUUAAGGACAUAUUAAUAGAUACUUUGCAAAAUAUAUUGUAAAUAUUGAUCCAUAGCUAUUUUCAUUUAUCAUGUGGAUCUAAUGCAAGUUGUGUAAUUUUCAGUUAAAUGAAUAAUUAGUUAACAAGUAUCAAUGCACUUGCUACUUGGUAAGAUUUCCCUCCAUAGUCUUCCAUUAGGGAAUUUUCACAGGCAGUGCAUAAUGUGUGCAGUUGAUGAUCAUAUUAAAAAGGUCAAGAGAUUUUCCUUAAAUGACUCCUUAGAAGACCUGGAGAUUAAGGUUGGUGGGAAGCUGUUCCAGU